CCCGGAAAUGCCUCCCGACGCUUCCAGGAAACCCGCGUGCAGACCCCUCGUGCAGACUCUGUGUGUGGUUUAUCUCGGACCGUAGCUGAUCUUGUUCUCGUGGCGGCAUCAUGGGGCGGCGCGGUAAGAGCCAGCACCAGAAGCGCGCACGCGCGGCGGCCCAACUCCGAGCACAGGAGGCGUACGCAUCCGCGCCGCAUUCGUUCGUGUUCGCACGUGGCCCCGCCGGCCCUGGGGUCCGCCAGCUCAGCCUGGACGUGCGGCGAGUCAUGGAGCCCUACACGGCCACCUCGCUGCAGGUUCGACGGCGGAAUUCCCUUAAGGAUUGUGUGGCUGUGGCUGGCCCUCUUGGUGUCUCUCACUUCCUCAUCUUCAGCAAAACAGAGAAGAAUGUAACUUUUAGGCUGAUCCGGCUUCCUGGGGGUCCUACUUUGACUUUCCGGGUCACCAAGUACUCCCUGGUGCGGGAUGUUGUCUCCUCCCUUCGGCGCCAUCGGAUGCACGAGCAGCAGUUUUCACACCCACCGCUCUUGGUGCUCAACGGCUUUGGUCCCCAUGGACUUCAUGUGAAGCUCACCGCCUCCGUGUUCCAGAACAUGUUUCCAUCCAUCAAUGUGCACAAGGUGAACCUGAACUGUGUGAAGCGUUGCCUUCUCCUCAGCUAUGACCCCAACUCCCAAGAGCUCCAGUUCCGACACUACAGCCUGAAGGUUGUUCCUGUGGGUGCCAGUCGGGGGAUGAAGAAGCUUCUACAAGAGAAGUUCCCAAACAUGAGCCGUUUGGAGGAUGUCAGUGAGCUGCUUGCCACGGGUGCCGGGCUGUCAGAGAGUGAGGCAGAGCCAGACGGGGAGCACAACGUGACUGAGCUGCCCCAAGCCUAUGCUGGCCGGGGGAACAUGAAGGCCGAGCAGAGCGCGGUCCGACUUACUGAGAUUGGCCCCAGAAUAACCAUGCAGCUCAUCAAGAUCCAGGAGGGCGUCGGGGAUGGGAAUGUCCUCUACCACAGCCUCGUGCACAAGUCUGAGGAGGAGCUGAAGGCCACUCUGGCCACCAGAGAGCAGAAGCUCCUGCUGAAGGCGGAGCGCCGAGGCAAGCAGGAGCAGGACAUCAAGCGAAAGAAAGAGCAGCGGGAGGCACACCGGAAACGGAGCCUGGAGGGUAUGCAGCAUGUGAAGUCCUCAGCUGUGGACAAGGGGGAUGGGGACAGUGAUGCAGAGGACCCUGGGCAGCCUGAUGGAGCAGCCCAUGUGUCCGAGGAAGAAGAAGAUGAGGCUGAGUAUUUUCGCCAAGCAGUGGGUGAAGAGCCAGAUGAGGAUAUGUUCCCAAAGGUGAAACGAAGACGAACCAACAAGCCCCCUGGACAGCCAGUCUCCAGUAGUCAGAGACCAGGGAGCGGUAGAGGUCAGCGUCCAAAGGGGAAGUUCCGAGCAGCCUAAAGGGACCACAGCUCGCCGCUUCUCUCGGGGUCAAGCCCCGGGAAGAGCUUUGGCCUCUAAGAAGCCUCGCCACAAAUCCUCGGCAGCAGCCAGAGCCUGAGAUUCGGCCAAAGGAUUAACUGAUGGCCAGUUUUCUCUCUUCUGGGGAGGGAAUAAUACCUUGAGCCUUAUGACUUCCAAGGACAAGAGAAACCAUUUCCUUUCUCACCCUCUGCCCACCCCCCACAGUACCCUAAAUAUAGCCUGUAAGGCCUUGACAGGAGCUGGUUGAAGUAAGUCUGGUUUCUUGUCUUGGUUUUGAGGAAAUGUCACCUUACAGAACGUUGUCAUGAAACUUCACUGGCAUGAAUUUGUAUCCUAGUUAAUGAUCUAUUGGGGGGGGGGGCAGCUCAAGAGUUUGGCCUCCAAGGAUGAAGCAACUUGAGUAAGAGAUAGCCUAGUGUGCACUUUCUCUCUCUCUCUCUCUCUCUCUCUCUCUCUCUCUCUCUCUCUCUCUCUCUCUCUCACACACACACACACACACACACACAGAGCUAUCUGUGGAGCAGGUGGAAAGGAGUAUUUGCUAGCCUGGCUCUAGGCCCAAAGCACACUGGGCAACCCUAAAGGGGAAGUGAGCUUUAUCUGAUAGUCUGAACUGGCAGGGGCAAGCUGGGGAGUUCGGGGCAGUUCCUGCUGACUCAGCCUCUUGCAUGGAAAACAUUAGGGAUCAGAAGGUGAUCUUGGCUGGCGUGGAUUCUGGACAUACAGAUGAUAAAGAAUAAUGACCUGUGCUUUUAUAUCCCCAAUAAAGAAGCAAAUGG